GUGGUCUCGGCCCCGGAGGUCCAAGGUCUGUCCCGGGGGAUGUGGAGAACUGGCAGCAUGUCGGCCGAAGUGGGACUCGGGCUCGCUCUGCGGACGGUGAACGAGCGCGUGCAGCAGGCGGUGGCGCGGCGGCCGCCGGAUCUCCCAGCCAUCCAGCCCCGCCUGGUGGCCGUCAGCAAAACCAAGCCCGCAGACAUGGUGCUGGAAGCCUACAGCCACGGCCAGCGCACUUUCGGGGAGAACUACGUUCAGGAGCUGCUAGAGAAAGCAUCGAAUCCUAAAAUCCUGUCCUCCUGUCCUGACAUCAGAUGGCACUUCAUUGGCCACCUGCAGAAGCAGAAUGUCAACAAGCUGAUGGCCGUGCCCCACCUUGCUAUGCUGGAGACGGUGGAUUCCAUGAAGCUGGCGGACAAGGUGAACACUUCCUGGCAGAAGAAAGGCUGUCCGGAAAGGCUAAAGGUCAUGGUACAGAUCAACACCAGCGGCGAGGAGAGUAAACACGGACUCCAGCCUUCCGAGACCGUGGCUGUGGUGGAAUACAUCAGGGCCGAAUGCCCCAGCCUGGAGUUCGUGGGGUUGAUGACCAUCGGAAGCCCCGGACACGAUCCCAGUCAGGGACCCAACCCGGAUUUCCAGGUGCUGCUGUCUCUGCGGAAGGAGCUGUGUGAGAAACUGCACGUGCCCACCGCCCAAGUGGAGCUCAGCAUGGGCAUGUCCAUGGACUACCAGCACGCGAUCGAGGUGGGCUCCACCAAUGUCCGCGUGGGCAGCACCAUCUUCGGAGAGCGCGACUACUCCAAGAAGCCUGCACUGGGCGAGCCGGCCCAGGAGCACUGAGGCUGCACGGACCCGGGAAACCCGACUCUGCAGCAGCCCCUUGUCCCCGCGGGAGUCUCCCACCGGCUAGGGUUAGGGUUGGGGGCGCUGCCGCAGGCAGCUCCCUGGGUGGAGCCAGGUUCCGCACACAGGAGCACCGGCCAAGCCAUGCAUGCCUUCUCCGGGCUCCCUGGCGGUCACCAAGGCCUCUGACCCCCGGGGACGUGGGAGGCAGUGGCGCCUCUUCCAUCUUGCCGUCACCAUGCAGGAGAUCGCCCACCAACUACACCCACUGUUCCACUGCUCUGGAGCUUCCUGCCCCUGGCCAGCAGGUCUCCGCCCCUCGGCAGCCCAGCCAGGCCCUCAGGGGGUGGCUGCUGAGGGUCGGGAUGGCUGGCCAGGCCCUGGACAUGACCCUGACUCACCCAGGGAUCCCCAACUGAGCGGAUCUGAGUGUGUGUGAGCGCAGCUGCCCAAGGAGGCAGCGCUGCAGGGCGGGCCCCCUUCAGCAGUAGCUGGGCAGUCAACCAGCAUGGACCUGAGGGGCGAGGGCCACUCAAAGCCAUCUCCUCCAUGGGGCUCCUGCACUCCCCCCCACCCCACCGGCCUACCCACCUCCCCACCCCAACC